AUGGCUCCAGGAACAUCCCAGGUCGCAGCCCAGCUCAAGGAGCAACUACAUCAUGAACACCCAGACUUGAUUCUCACCACGCCCGAGGACGAGAGGUUUGAUGACGCACGUGCCUGCUUCAUUGUGCGGUCCGCUCGGCCCUUUGCCGUGGCGCGGCCGCAGACUGCGCAGCAUGUCCAGGCACUGAUCAAGUUUUGCAUUGACCACGACGUGGAUUUUUGUAUCCGGGGUGGUGGGCAUGAUUGUGCCGGGAGGACCCAGGUCCCGGGCGCCUUGAUGAUUGACAUGCGCGGGAUCGAUUAUGUCCGCGUCGAUGACAGCCGAGCGACGGCCCGGAUCGGCGGAGGAGUGCUGCUUGGUGACCUCACCAAGGCACUUGGAGAGCAGGGGCUCGUUACGCCAUGCGGCACGAUAGCGACAGUUGGCUAUACCGGAUGGGCGACUCUCGGUGGCUAUGGACCGUUUUCAAGUUUGUACGGCAUGGGAGUAGAUCAGAUUGUCGGCGCAAAGCUUGUUAACGGUACGGGCACACUUGUUAAUGCGAAUGAUGAGAUCCUGAGAGGCAUUCGAGGCGGCGGAGGCAUCUUUGGUGCCAUUGUUGAACUUACAAUCAAAGUUUACCCACUGCAAAAGGGCCAGAUCCUUUUCUCACUUAUCGUCUAUGAAUCAAGCGAUUUGGAAGACACGGUGCUAUCCUACACACAAGGCUACGAACAAAUCAAGGCAAAUGCCGAGCUGCCGGCAGCUCUUUCGCUCCAGCCAAUGAUCGUAGAGCUACCUGAACUGGGAAAAGCAUUUGCCCUGCUUGCCGUUUGGGGGAGGGAUGAUCACGAGGAAGGUCGUCGCUGGUUCGACAAGAUUGCCGGCCUAAGCCACUGUCUCAUGAACUCGCCCGAGCCCAUAUCACUACAUAAAUUUGUCAAGAACAAUGAGGAAAAUCUGGUCACCUGGCUAUCCUAUGGUCGCACCUACACCACAAGUGUCAAGCGCUGGACGCCCCAAACCGCAAAGGUCAUGGCCAAGUAUGGCAAGCUCAUACCCGGCGGCGGCACGGCCAUAUCUGUUCACACUCUUCGCUCUCCGAAGCCGAGUAAAGAGUCAGUGUUUGGCUCCCGGGUAGACCAUCUGAUGGUUGAGAUCAUAGCUGUGUCUCCCGAUCAAAUGUACGAAGAGAAGGCAGCGGCCUGGGCGUUGGCUAUGCAGAAGGAGCUGAAAGAGACGGACCCCGAGAACAUGCUGGAAGGAUCUUACAUCUCGUUGCUUAGUGACGAGGAAACGGAUCUCAGAAAGGUUUAUGGAGAAUAUUAUGAUGUUCUUUUGGGUCUGAAGAGAAAGUUUGACCCGCAAAAUGUUUUCAAGCACACCAUACCGAAUUUGCCAGUGUAG